CGGGAUAGGAUGUGUUCCCGCCGCGCGGAUUCAAUUCAUCCGGUUUAAACUUCGUCAGUGAACACGUGCUUUGUAAAUUCGUAGAUGACAUAAAAUACUAGAAAUUGCUUUGCUCAACGAAUGAACUUUUUUAUAAUUACUUUCAUGGACCUUAGUAAUGUGUGAUUGCUCAGUUAAAGUGUAUAGAAGUGUCUGAGAUGUGUAAGAACGUGAAGGGCGUGUCAUGGGAGACGGAGGCGCUGAUGGGCGCUGAACCGAGCAAGCCGUCGCGCUGGGAUAGCUUCUGCCCGCGCGCUGCGCUCUCACACAUCGGCCUUCUGGUUGCUCUCAUGCUAUAUACCGCCGGAGGGGGAUUGGUUUUCCGUGCUUUGGAGUUUCCAGCUGAAGUGGCAAAGCAGGAGUAUCACAGAGAUCGAUUGUUAUCGGAAAGAUGGAAUCUUAUACGUAUUGUUUCCGAUUACGGAAUGAAUGGAACAGAAUUUGUCAGCAUGGAAAAGUUAAUCAGUGACCAAUUAGCAAUUUAUGAAAAGAUAUUAGAAGAAGCUUCAUCUAGCGGCCUGUCCUUAGAAGUUGAGAAAAAGUUUCCACCUUCUGAGGAAAGGUGGAGCAUACUACAGGCUGUUUUCUUCUCGUCCACGGUGCUCACCACUAUAGGAUACGGCAAUAUUGUACCUGAAACAUUUUGGGGCAGAUUAUUUUGCAUAGCUUAUGCCCUUAUUGGAAUACCGCUGACGCUCACAGUGAUUGCGGAUUUGGGAAGGGUUUUCGCCACAGUCUUGUCUGUUGCUGCAAAACAGUUACCCGCAUUGCCGAAAUGCUGCAGUCGCGUGUCUGAGGUAAACCCUGCGAGCAAGCGCUCACUGUACGCGCUGUGGGCGGUCUGCUUUCUCUUCGUCUACCUCUCAGCGGGCGCGGCGUUGUUCAAAAUGUGGGAGGACGACUGGACGUUCUACGACGGUUUCUACUUUUGUUUUAUUACCAUGACCACCAUCGGAUUCGGUGAUCUCGUUCCAAAAAGACCAAAGUACAUGUUGUUGUGUACUCUAUACAUAUUAAUCGGGUUGGCGCUGACGUCUACGAUAAUCGAACUGGUGCGGCGGCAGUACGCCAGGUCCUGGCAGCAGCUGCGCGCGCUCUCCGGUCCGCUCGCCGACACGCUGCGACGCUUGGGCGACGCGGGCCGUGGCGUCGACGUGUCUGCGCUACACAACGAUCUCCGCAAAGUUCUCACUAUUGUGACCAUGCCUAGACUUGGAAGCGGUAAAGAUAUGUUGGGUGAGAAGAGACAACUAGAGUUGGAGGCGGCCGUAGAAGCGGUCAUCAGGGACAUCACAACUCCAAUACAAAGCCCUCAGAAGCCUCCCAUUGUGCAAAUAGUUAUUUACGAAUCGUCUGUCUAGCAUCUACUCGCCUAACAUUCUGAUUACACGAAAUACGCACGCUGCGUUUCUUGAGCGAAUAAAUCUUUCAUCAAGAAACAUUUCGAGAAAAUAAAUAUACGCUUAAAAGUGCACAGAUGCUGAGCGAUAUUUAUUUAAGCGUUUGGAAUUGAUGCUUUCAUUCCAAAACUGUUUUUCUUCGAAGAGGCAAAUAAACAAAAAAAAAGAGUCUAAAGAUAUUUUUCUUGUCUUUUGUUCGUAUGUACAAUUUAUAGCGUGCAAGAGGACAACGAAUGCUUUAUUCCCGGCUAAGAUUUUCAUCUAAAUGUAGAUUAUAAUAAGAAGUACACUGUUGUUCAUAGUAUUAUUACUUUAGUUAAGAAUUUAUGGUUGAAGUUAUUAAUUCGUGUUGAUAAGUGAGAUGAUGAAGCCCUAUACAAACUGUUGACCAUUCGUAAAUAGUGCGCAUGACCAUAUGGGACCACACUCUUUUCUCACAUUGUUUUGCUAAGAGUAUAAUUUAAGUACAUUUGUAGUAAAACACGUCUCUUCUUAGUAUGACAGGAAAAGAUAUGAUACAACUGGGGCUACAACUUUUCGAGAAAAGUAACAAAAUUCCUUUGCGUUUCAACGCAUGUGUUAUACGGUUGAACCCACUGAUGGACCUCGAAACACUUUCUAUUCAAUUGCUUCAAAUUCAAGCGAUCUAAUAAGAUCAAAUAAAAACCUAAUUUCACUUACAAAGAAAAUAUAUUUUUCUAUGGCUUACCGUCGCAUGAAAAUACAUUUGUGCUAUUCUGUAACUCUACCUGUACACCUGUAAAUGUCAUCUGGUCCUACUUACGGUUCCCGAAGUAUAAUUAUUUCUCUACUCUUGAGCUGAUUGCUGCCUAGCGUUAAUCAUUAUUCAGACAUUUUGGCAGCUGUUAACUUCUAACUCUCUUGUCUACUGCAGACAUUUGUUUGAUAUUUUAAGGUUGAAUUUAAAAAUAAAUAUUUUCAAUUGUUUGACAGUUUUGUGUAUCACUGUGAGCGAUGUUUUGAAAUGAACUGUUCUAAUAUUGUA